GGCUUGCAUUAUCGGGUACAAAACUGGAAAAAUAUUGUUCCUUGGUCUAAGAAACAAAUAUUGUUCACUGUGCUCAUGGUAUAAAAACAAAAAAAAAGACGUUCCAGUCCACAACUGCUACAAGAACUGGAGUGGUACAUCCACGUCAAUGGAAACCGACAUAAUAUCUGAGGGUUUUCAAAAAAGUUUAGAGUUGUACAAUAUUAAAUACACCAAAAUGGUUGGAGAUGGAGACUCUUCAGUAUACAGAAAGCUUUUGCAAAUAAAACCUUAUGGUAAUUUAUUGGUCCAAAAAGUGGAAUGUAAAAAUCACUUGCUUAGAAAUUUUGCAAAGAAAAUACGAGAAGUUUGCAGUAAAAACCGUAGUAAUUCUAAAAAUUUACCUGUCCCGUUGGCACUUAGAAAGGAGAUUUUCAGUAGGUUUAUGAGAUUGAGAACUGCAAUAACGAAGGCUACUACGUAUAGAAUAGCUGAACAGACAACAAUGGACAAAAAAAUAGCAUUACUGAGGGGUGAUAUCUACAAUGCACCAAGUCACAUAUUUGGUGAGCACGCCAGAUGCAAGGAAAUACAGUAUUUCAAAUGCGAAAAAGAAAAUGAACACAAUCUCGUUCCAAGUAUGCAAGACUGUGGAAUUUACGAAGAUAUUAUAGUAGCUUUGCAAAGAGUUGUUGAUAACACCAGCAGCUUAAUCUUGAAUAUGGACAACAAUCUUGCGGAGCAUUAUAAUAGUGUUGUAUGCAAAUUCGUUGGUGGCAAACGCAUACUUUUUUCGAAGAGAGGCUCCUACCAAACGCGUUGUGAGGCUGCUGCGUUAUCUUUUAAUUCUGGUGGAAAUUAUUACAGAUUUCUUCACGAAACUGUUGGCUCAAGUCCUCAACGUUAUACGAAAAAAUAUGUAGAGACAUGCAAGAAAAAUAGGCUAAUCAUUAAAAAAAGGAUAUUUUCCAAAAAAAGAACAAAAAUUAUCAAACAGUCUCUCGCGGAUAAGGAUUAUGGUCCUAAUGCUCACUAUAUACCUUUGGAUUUAAAUAGUGAUAUUUACAUAGAAAAGGAAAAAGCAUUUUUGCAGGAGCUAAGAAAAGAUCCGGAGGAAAUAAGUGACAUUCAAAAAUCCACUAUAGGUCAGGCCUUCAACCCAAAAUGGUUACAAGAAAGGUCACUUAGAAUCACAGCCUCAAAUUUCGGUAAAAUUUGUAAGAUGCGACCAAAAACUUCACCGAGGAACACCAUAAAAACUUUAUUAUAUGGAACUUUCACGGGAAAUAAAGCCACAAAGUAUGGCAACGAAAGGGAAAAGGAAUACUAUUUAGCUGCAAGCCCGGAUGGUUUUGUUAUAGAAAAUAAUGUCCUAAUAGAAGUCAAAUGUCCCUUCACCAUCGCCAAAAUGGAUCCAACAGAGGGAAUUCAAACAGGAAAAAUUACUUUUGCCACUAUAGAAGAUGGAGCAUUGAAAUUGAAAAGAAACCAUAACUACUACUAUCAAGUACAAGGUCAGUUAGCUAUAGCUAACAAACAGUCAUGUUACUUUAUUAUCUGGAGUCCUUUCGGCAUUUUAAUUGAACAGAUAAAUCGAGACGAAGUAUUUUGGAAAGAAAAAAUGUUACCUAAAUUAAGAGCAUUUUAUGACUAUUUUCUGUUGCCAGAAUUAGUAGACCCACUUUUUCCAAAAGGGCUACCUAUUAGGGAUCAACUUUGUAACACUAAAUGCUCCAAUAUUCCAGACAGCUAG